GACUUCAGGACGCGGGGCCGGAAGUCGGGAGAGGGGCCGCCCGGGCCUCUUCCGGAGGGACGGCGGCCGUUGAGGCCGUUGUGGAGGCGGCGGCGGCUCUGCGCGCUGGGUCCCAAAUGGAAGCGGCGCCGGAUCCCAGGCCGGGGCUCUGCUGCAAGCCUGGCGGGCGGCUGGACAUGAGUCACGGCUUCGUGCACCAUAUCCGAAGGAACCAGCUCGCCCGGGACGACUACGACAAGAAGGUGAAGCAGGCGGCCAAGGAGAAGGCGAGGAGGCGGCACACGCCCGCGCCGACGCGGCCCCGCAAGCCCGACCUGCAGGUGUACCUGCCGCGACGCCGAGAUGUUUCUACCCACCCAAGCAACCCAGACUGUGAGGAGUCCGGUGAAAGCAGCAGUAGUGGUGGCUCCGAGCCAGAACCUUCUGGCCAUCAGCUCUUCUGCUUAGAAUAUGAGGCAGACAGCGGAGAGGUCACCUCAGUUAUCGUGUAUCAGGACGAUGAUCCAGAAAGGGUGAGUGAGGAGGUGUCAACACACACGCCUCUGGAUCCACCCAUGCGAGAGGCCCUCAAGUUGCGCAUCCAGGAAGAGAUUGCAAAGCGCCAGAGCCGACACUGACCAGGCUGAAGGCAUUCUCUCCAGGCUGGAUUCACUGCCCAGGGAGCUCACCCCUAGUUUGGGGGUGCCAGGACCAGUCUGAGCUGAUCUUGAGACCCCCACAGAGCUGCCACAUCCAGAGGAAAAGGGUGUUGCAGGGACUGUGCGUGGCCACCUCCCUCGCGGCUAUUCUUGUACGUUGGCCCAUUUGACCAGCCUAAUAUUCUGGAAUUUUUUGAGAAUUUUAUCUGGCUAGCUUGGUGUUCUGGAAGCAGGGGUUCCAGGGAGAGCUGAGUUUUAUGAAGCAUUGUGCCAACAUGGUGCUUUUUCACUGAGGUCAUAUGCUGUAGGACACCUGGCCACUGCUGUUCCACCCAGCUCCAUGAGCCAUGUUUGUUUUAUGAUUUCUUUCUAUGUGCUUCUGCUCACUUCUGUGUUUCCCUAGAUCUUUUUUCAACUCUGUUUCUUUGUUCUUUCCUUUCCCUUCUUCCCCACUUCCCAACGUGACUGUGUACCUACAGCUACUCAGGACUUUUAGAGGUGGGGAGUUCUGGGAAUCUGCCUUUCUGACAAGCUCUCCCAGUAAUUCCGGUACCAAUAAAAUGGGAGAUCUUCAGUUUUGAGCCCUGCUUGCAAGCAUGUUUCCCUCCCCUUCCAUGGCUUUUGCAAGUUUUUCUCAUGCUGAACCACUUUGCACUGUCUAAAUAAGGAGACCUAGGAAGAUGAUGCCAGAUUUCUUGCAGCAAAACUUGCCUUGGUUAGGGCUAUAAUUCCAGCUUUCGAGCUCCUCUCUAGUGGUGAACAGACCAUCCUCUGCUCAGACUAAAGGGAAUUAGCAAAACAAGCUUGAAAUUAACUCUCCAAAUGUGAUUUCACAGUCUUGAAUGUAUGUACAAGGGAGUUCAACAUUAGCAAUAAUUGCCUGUUUGGAGCCUAGUUGCCAAAACGAAAAGACCCAAACAAUGCCCCAGAGAGAGUGAAAUGAGCUGCUCUCAUUUGCCAGUCUCAUGCCCCAUGCUUCCUCCUUCCCUAUCUCUCAAGAGUGUACAAACUGAGAUCCUUAGAGUAAAGAUCCCCAGGAAUAUCACUGCUUUCACCUAAUUGGACAUUUUUCCUAAAGCAGGGUUAGGCUAAGGUCUGAGAAGUCCACACGACAUCCUGCACACUAAAGUUCCAGGCCACUUCAGUUUUCCAGCAAAUCGGCCCAACUUCGUUGACUUGAAGUAUAGGACUUCAGUGAGCCUGUCAGCACUGAGACUUGUUGAAACCAAAGUCCCCCUGCCCUGGGGGUUUCUCAACAUCAGGGUCUCAAGAUCAUUCUGGUUGUUCCAUCUCAGCAGCUUUUCUCUUAAAGGACAGCUGAGGACACUGUUGGUUUGUGCCUUACACCCCUGAAAACCUACCACCUCAGAUAUGAGGCAAGGCAGCUACUUAAACUACACCCUUAAACUGCAACAAGCCACAGCUUGCAGUGCCAGUAGAAUGCUGGAAGGUAAGUGAGGUGGGUAAGUUGAAGGGCCUGGUUGUGAAGGCAUCCAGGACCAGACUGCUGCUGACCCACAGAGCUGACCCAAGGUUAAUGCCUUCGACUUGCCAGUCCUGGACUCAGUUCUUCUUUCAAAGGAGAAAGUCUGCACUCUACUUACUCAGCUGGGCUAGAAGUGCCUUUUGACUUAUAAUGUUAACUACGCUCCAGAGCCUUCUGGGUCAAGGAGGCUAUGCAUACUUCAUCCCCAAUCUUCCUACAGCUCAGAGGAACAGUCAUUUUAGUCGUCCAGCUCUUCAACUGAUUUGACUUGGACAUAGGAUUUCACUGGAACUCUUAGGCUUCCUAGACCAGAAGUUCUUUUUGGGUCCAUCUUCUCACAGCUGGAUGGCCUGUUUCCUGGAUUAAUUAUAGAAUUUAGAGAGAAGACCAGAGGAGAAGGUUGGGAGCAUGGCACCUCAAAUUUUAGCCUCCAUUCCUGUUUUGUGAGAAGGCAAGUGUGUGCCUGUUGUGUCCUUUUAUGUGUUUAUCAUGUAAUCCCCACUCUCAGAUAAGAGACUGAUAGGAACUCCUUGCUUGUAAAGUUUUUUUCUCGAGAUGCUUUCUUUAUUAAGUGCAUAUAAAAUAUUUUUCUCCCAAGAAAGCAAUCUAAUUCUUAGCUAAUUUAGGCAGUAUGAUUAUAAUAAAGCACUAAGCCUGGUACUUAAAUGAGAGGUUGUCCUUUAGACUAGGAGGCCUGCUGAUGGUGACAACUGCCAUUGCUCCAGGCAUGCCUGAUAUGCUUCUCUGGUGAUGACCGUCAGCCACUUGACACCCUUUUAACUCAGGCUCAUUGCUUAUUGCUAUUCCUCAUCUGGGGUCCAAGAUGGUACUACCCAGUUUAUUCACCAGACUUGCCUCCAGACAUCUUCCAGCUGUUUUCAAAGAUUGGUGCUUUGCCAUCAAGGAGCAUGGCAUUUCCCACAGGCUCUAGAGCUGUCCCACAGAGGACUCUUCCCUGCUGUUUGAUGUAGUGGCAGCAGAAGUGGACCAGCUGGAGCAUUCCAGCAGGCUGCUUCAGAAUCAACACUCAUUUGACUAGAUACAUUCUUGGCUGUCUAAAAAAGUCUGGUAGCCUGAUAGACGUAUCUCAUACCCAUCCAAAAGGAAGUGGUCUUCACUUACUGAGGGUAAGCCGUGGAUUUUAAGGCGCCGUGUUGCCUGGGCCACAACUGGUGGUGUUACAAACAGAAGGAAGCUAGGGUUUGCAGAGGCUUUGGGCUGUGCAAGAGUAAACACUAAAGCUUGAGUUCCAGCCCGCUGGCAAGCAUGGAAGUGUCUGAAGAACGUAAUGCAAGAAGGGAAAGAAGAAUGUAAAGUUUUUUGUACUGAGUGAGAGUGGGAGCCUGUGGAGUCUGGCCAGCCAGUAGGACCGACGUGGGCAACAACCAGUGCUUCUCCCUGUGGAAGAGCCUCUGAAGGGGACAUUCUGUCUCCAUGGUCCACUCUGAAGGCACUGCCAACUAGAGAUUAGCCCAUGGAGCUGGAAGAAACCCUUUGGGGUAGUGAGUAUCCAACCUUCUGUGCGUUUGGCAGGAUCCGGGAAUGGUAGAGUAGUGGAUUCUCAACUGGUUCACAAGUAUAAAUAAGGCCUUUGCAUAUAGAAAGAGGAAUAAGGACAGAUUACUUUCCUACCGCUGAGUCUUUUGGGAGAAUCACCAUGGGAUGUUGACAGUUACUUUAAACAUUUUAAGCUCCCUCAUUGAAUUCCUGUCCUGUCCCUGAGGAAUCUGAUGGCCUAGAAGCCAUAGGCACCCACCCCAAAUUUCCUUAGUAGUUGGAGUGAUGCUAGAAAUGAAAACUUUCCGAGUGAAUGGCUCCUCUGCCUUCUCAGAGCCACCAGGAUGAGAGACUGGUUGCACUGGUUAUGUUGUGAUAUUAAAUGUAUAAAAAGCCAUACAUUCUGUUUUCUCAUUUCCAGCAUUUUUGCUGUGUGGAUGAAUAAAGUGAAGUGUACAAAUUAUUUGAAAAUCCUGGAAGGAAAUUACUUUUCAAAAAUAGUAUUCUUUUUAACCAAUAAACUUAACUAUUUUUACAGCACAGUUUUUGCCAGGAGUGAUGAAAUCACUUGUGUACAUAUGAGAAGUGACGAUUAAAUGCCUGCCUUAAAAUCA